AUGUGGAUCGUUGGGCGGAUGACGCUACGCUUAGCGCUCUGCUUCGUAGUGGCCGUUGCGUCUGGUGUGUGCAGUGCCGUGGACGCUUCCGAGCAAGGUGUGUUGAUCAGCAAACCGUGGAAGGGUGAAAGAAACGAUGAUCUGCUGUAUCCACUUACGAUUAUCCAUCUGAACGACUUCCAUGCCCGGUUUGAGGAAACGAACACGGUGUCAACGCGCUGCAAGCCGGACGAAGGUGAACGUUGUAUUGGUGGUUACGCACGAGUGGUCGCCCGUAUCAAAUCGCUCCAGCAGGAGUACGCCGAUCGGAACCCAAUCUACCUGAAUGCGGGCGACAGCUUCCAGGGUACGAUCUGGUACACGUUGCUGCGCUGGAAUGUGACCGCACACUUUCUGAACCUCCUUCCCGCCGACGCCAUGACGCUCGGGAACCAUGAGUUUGAUCACGGUGUGGAAGGGCUGGUGCCAUUUCUGGAAGCCAUCAAGAGCCCCAUGCUGGUCGCCAACAUAGACGAUCGUGACGAACCGACGCUGCGGGGCAUGUACCAGAAAAGCGUUGUGCUUGACCGCGAUGGCCGUAAGGUUGGAAUCAUCGGCGUUAUACACCACGCAACGGACACGCUCAGCAUGACGGACCGGGUGCACUUUCUGGAUGAGGUGGAGUGUAUCAAUCGCGAGGCAUCGGCACUGAAGCAGCUCGGUGUGGAUAUCAUCGUAGUGCUGUCGCAUUGUGGCUUCACGAUCGAUCAGGACAUUGCACGGCAGUGUCCCGAGGUGGACGUGAUCGUUGGUGGACAUUCGCACACCCUGCUGCACACGGGGGAAGUGACGGAUUGGCCGGACAUGCCAGCAGGUAGCUAUCCGUUCGUUGUGGCGCAAGACUCCGGCCGGCAAGUGUUGAUCGUGCAGGCGGGUUCGUUCACCAAGUACGUCGGCCAUCUGCUGGUGUACUUCGACGAAAAUGGAGAAGCAGUACGCUGGGAAGGUAACACCGAAUAUCUGGACGAGCAAUUCCAGCCGGAUGAGCAAAUCGAACGUGAACUUCAGCCCUGGCGCUCCCAGGUCGAUACGCUCGCUGUUCGUCCGGUGGGCAGUUCCAAAGUGUUCCUUUCCAAGCCCGCCUGUCGGACAGGUGAGUGUAACUUUGGCAGCUUCGUGGCGGACGCGUUCGUCGACUAUUACGUUGGUCGGGGAGAUCUGGAGCACGAGUGGACAUACGCCGCGAUCGGUAUUACGAACGAUGGUGGGCUGCGUACGUCGCUCAAUCCCGGCACGCUAACGUACGAGGAUCUGGUGACGGCUAUCCCCUAUGAAAAUACGGUGGACACGUUCGAGUUGCGCGGCCAGCAUCUGCUCGAGGCGCUGGAGUAUAGUGCCAGCCGGUACAAUACCGCCGAUGUGCUGCAGUUCUCCGGCAUGCGUGUUACCUUCAACCUCACGCGGCCGAUCUUUCAGCGGGUGCAACAGGUCGAUGUACGAUGCCGUGUUUGCCGAAUUCCACGCUAUGAACCACUGGACACGGAGGCCACCUAUAGGGUCGCAAUAGCCGCGUGGAUCGGCAGCGGUGGCAAUGGGUACGAAAUGUUUGGUCAGCACCGCACCAACGUGCGUGUCGGUCCGCUAGACAUUGACGUUUUCGAGCGGUAUGUCGCCAAGAUGUCACCAAUCCUGCAGGGAACGGACGGGCGAAUGGUUUUCGUAACGUGA